GCCUGCAACCAAAUCCAGCCUGCCUGUUUUUGUAAACAAGCUGUAUUGGAACAAAGUCACACCCAUUCAUUUCUGUAUUUUCUAUGUCUGCUGCUGUUCCUGCUAUAAGAGCAGCAGAGUUGAGAAGUCCAUACAGAAAUUGUAUGGUUGCAAAGCCUCAAAUAUUUACUGUCUGAUCUUUUACAGAAAAGGUUUGCAGACCCCCUGCUCUACAACAAUGCCUAGAUGGUAGAUAGUUUUAGACCUUUUUAUUGUAGACACACAUAAUGGUCAGUCAGGCUUACUGUGUCACAGGCAUAGUUAGGCACUUUUGUAAAGACUAUCUCAUCUGAUUCUCAUAUUAAUCCUAGGAGGUUGAAUUUCUCCCAUUUUGUAGAUGAGGAAAUUGAGGCACAAAAUGGUCAAGAAACUUACGCAGCUUGCUCAACACCCCUCAUUUCUGGGAACUGUAAAUUCUUGACCUCCUUAUUUAAAUGGAUUGACUCCUCAGACCCACAGUGGGCACCAUGUGUUUUUGUUUUGUUUUGUUUUUUGGAAGUAGAAUGUUCCAAAUGUUUUUUUGAACUAAAAUUGAGAUGGGCUCGGUUUCCCAGAGAAGAAGCCAAGGGGCACUGGGCUUAGGUGGGAUGAAUCAAGCAAGCUGGUCUGCAGCAGUGAAAAGAAAUGAAGCUCACAAGCAGAGAGGAGAGAGAGCAUUGUGGAUGCUUUUCACUCAUUUAACAACAACAACAACAAAACUUGUUGAGCAAUAGUAAGCACUGGCCAGGUGUUGGCCAGGUUUCCUCACCUGUAGGAGGGAGAUAAGCCUUACCGGCAUCCCGGGGAUCUUGUGAGGACUGAAAUGACAUGAGUGUGCAGGGCACGUAGAGUUGCUCAAUGUACCUUGCCCUCCACUUUUGAGAGCUGUAAGGAUGUCUGACAAGAACCAGAUAGCUGCCAGAACUUCCCUUAUUAAGCAACUAAUGUCUCAAAGGAAUUUUGAGGAUCUUGGCAACCACCUUACUGAACUAGAAAUGAUUUAUGUGACUAAGGAGCAUCUCCAGGAGACAGAUGUGGUCAGAGCCGUGUACAGUGUCCUCAAAAACUGCCCCUCAGUGGCUUUGAAAAAGAAAGCCAAGUGUUUGCUCUCAAAGUGGAAAGCUCUUUAUAAGGAUACUCACUUCAAAGCAAGGGACAGCUCUAAAUUAUUGCCUAUGGGUGAUAAUAAAGAAGAAAAUUCAGGACUUUCUCAUGAUCCAAGUCAGGAAGAGAUAGUGGGCGUCUGCAGUUCUAAUUCUCUGCUAUCACCCCAAGAUGUUGCCAAACCCACCAAACUGACUGUGCCCGAAAAUAGCACUAUUCAAGUGGAUCCUAAGGAAGAGCAUUUCAAGGGUGAUGACCCUAAAUCCACUGGCAAGAGAUCAAGUGAGUUGCUGGAUCCCACAAUGCCUGUGAGAACCAAAUGCACAGAGCUUCUUUACACAGCUUUAACUAGUUCUUCCACAGAUCAGCCAAAAGCCGAUUCAUGGCAAAACUUUGCAAGAGAAAUAGAAGAGCACGUUUUUACCCUUUAUUCAAAGAACAUCAAAAAAUAUAAAACAUGUAUCAGAAGCAAAGUUGCCAAUUUGAAGAACCCCAGAAAUUCUCACUUACGACAAAACUUGCUUUCUGGAACUAUGUCUCCAAGAGAAUUUGCCCAAAUGACUGUCAUGGAGAUGGCAAACAAGGAUCUGAAGCAGUUGAGAGCUUCCUACACAGAAUCUUGUAUCCAGGAACAUUACCUUCCCCAAGAGAUUGAUGGCACACAGACAAAUAAAAUAAAAUGCAGACGCUGUGACAAAUACAAUUGCAAGGUCACUGUAAUUGCCAGAGGAACACUUUUCCUUCCAAGCUGGGUGCGGAAUUCAAACCCAGAUGAACAAAUGAUGACCUAUGUGAUUUGUAAUGAGUGUGGGGAGCAGUGGUACCAUAACAAAUGGGUGUGCUUGUAAUUGUAAGUGUUCUCUUAACAGAUAACCCAAGUGAUACCUUUUGUUUCUACAUCUCUUUUGUGUUUGUUUUUAAAACCUUAGACACACUAUUCUUAAAACAGUCCUAAGAAGAAGGAAAGAAAGUCAUUUGCUGAAGCUCAUGCCACCAUCACUAAAAGUUAUAGUUUGGGGAGAGAGUGGAUGACUAUUUGCAUUGUGCUUUGUGGCUGUUUAGCACCUUGCUAUGUGCAGAAUGUGGUUGACAGCAGCUCAGCCUAACCUGGGAGCCUGUUAGAAAAGCAGACUCGGUCCCCAUGCUUCUGAAUCUGCAUUUUGUUAGGAUCCCCAGGUGAUGCUCCAGGAUAAUUUGAGAAGCGCUGCUUCAGCAAUAGGCCUGUGGUUCUCAGCAGUAGCUGCAUAUUAGAGUCACUGGGGAGCUUUGAAACUCUACUGGUGCUGAGGGCCCACCCUAGAACAAUUCAGUCUGAACCUGCUAGGCCUCAACAUUUCUUUUUUUCUUUCUUUCUUUUCUUGGCAGCUGGCCAGUACUGGGAUCUGAACAUUUGACCUUGGUGUUACAACACCAUGCUCUAACCAACUGAGCUACCUGGCCAGUCCUCAACAUUUCUUUUUUCAUUCCUGAAGUUAUUUUAAGAUGCAGUCAGAGUUGAGAACUACUCAUAAAUAGACUGUCAUUUGAUCAUUUUAUAGCUCUAAGAAAAGUGUUAUUCUGUGCACUUUACAGAUGAGGAAACUGAUCCACAGAGGUGCCUGACUGUGCCCAAGCCCGACUCAAACUGAUCCCAGAUUUUCUUCCCCAAUUCACAGUCUGAGACUGGCUCAAUAUUGAGAAAUGUAUUCCUGGAGAUAAAGGACUAAAUUAAUAGUGUCUUUAGGCACUAAUGUAAGAUGACUAGAACUUCAUUAUUUUCUCCUCCUUUUUCUUACCUUACAGAUCUCCCUUAAACCAUGAAAGUUACCCUAUAGCUCAUCCCACAGUUAAAAUUUUUAUAGUCCUCUUGCUUAGUUGAAGGAGUCGUGUAUAUAUUUUUUUAUCUUUGCAUGAGUUCUUCAGGAUAUAUAAACUCUUUAACGAUGACUUCUAGUUUCUGAUGUUAGGAGUCUUCAUAUUCUCAAGGGCAUGUGUGUUAGAUCUGAAGUUCAAAUUCAGUCCAGCCACUGGAAUGCAUUGACACAAGGAGAGUCACCAGCAGAGACCAAAGAAAAGAAGAGGAUGUCUUUCUCCAUAAAGCCCAUUUCAGAGUGACAGAAGAAGCAUCUAUCUGCUCUAUGAUAAUAUUGGGGGACCUGAAUACACCUCUCAGCAUUGGACAGAUCAUUUAGGCAACAAAUCAACAGAGUAACCAUUAUUCUUUCAGAAGGAGAGAAGAAAUCUAGGGUUAUCGGGGGGGGGGAGAGGGGGAUAGGGAGAGACUGAACAAGGGG